AUGGACCCUGACUUCAGAGGGAGUCCCCCCCUGCUGGAGCCACUCAGGGACUUCAGGGCACUAAGGGACAGCCACUAUGAAGGAGUGAUCAGUGUGCUCAAAGUGGCCAAAGGAUGGACUAACAAAAAGACCUGCAAGGAAGGCGAACCUUCAGGACAGUGGGCCAACACUGCAGGCGCUCUGGAAGCCCUUGCUAACAGGUGUAACGGUAAGAAAGUCUGUGAGGUGGACAAAGAGAUCUUCAGUGACCCCUGCCCUGACACCUACAAAUACACCCAAACCACGUACACCUGCCUCCCUGCACAUCAUGUCGUCGCCUGUGAGCUUUCCACGGCGGAACUCAUCUGUGGUAGGAUUCACCACCGAUGUGUCACAAUGUGCUCAACAAUAAAGUCCCAUAUUUCAUCUUCACCUGCAAGUUCACAUGUGAGGUUCUCUUCCUGUCUGCUCCCCACCCAGACAGCGGCCAGACGAUAG